GUGGCCAGGCACCGUAGCCGCCGACGCCAUUUUGUCCGCCUCAGCGGGCGGGAAGAUGAGGCGGCGAAGCGCGCUCCGUCGCCUGAGGGGAAGCCAGGCCCGUUGACGCCCCUCCAGCCUCCCCCGGCAGGCCUCGCGAGGCGGGAUGGAGUCCACCGGUCCUCGGGCCCCGGUUGGAGUCGUCUCGGGCCCGCCCGCGGGGCAACCCCGGGAGUACAAACUGGUCAUGUUGGGCGCCGGCGGGGUCGGGAAAAGCGCCAUGACCAUGCAGUUCAUCAGUCAUCGGUUUCCAGAAGACCACGAUCCCACGAUCGAGGAUGCUUACAAAAUGCGGAUUCGGAUUGACGAUGAACCUGCUAAUCUGGAUAUUUUGGACACUGCAGGCCAGGCCGAGUUCACUGCUAUGAGAGAUCAGUACAUGCGAGCCGGCGAGGGGUUUAUUAUCUGUUACUCCAUCACGGAUCGCCGAAGUUUUCAUGAAGUCCGGGAGUUUAAACAGCUCAUCUACCGUGUCCGGCGUACGGAUGAGACUCCCGUCGUUCUGGUCGGGAACAAGUCCGACCUAACUCAACUCAGGCAGGUCUCCAAGGACGAAGGCUCGGCCUUAUCCCAGGAGUUCGGCUGCCCCUUUUUUGAGACCUCCGCCGCCUUCCGCUACUACAUCGACGACGUCUUCCACACCCUCGUCCGCGAAAUCCGGCGGAAGGAGAAGGAAAUCGUCACAGCGCUGGAGAAGAAGUCCAAGCCGCGUCCGAGCGUUUGGAAAACCUUGAAAUCGCCCUUCUGCAAGAAGAAAAAUUCCAUAACCUGAAACCCCCUCCCUUCCCCUCCCCCGCCCCCAAAGAAGUCCUCCCUUAACCAGAGGGAGGAAUCAGCUCUGCAGAGGGAGCCCUCCAGAUUUGAACUCUCUUUCUGCUGAGCGUAUAAACGGAAGUCCUGAUUGGUGCAAAAAAACCAACGACCCCCAUAUGGUCGUCCUUCCGCAAAAUAAUUUUUUCCUUCGGCAUUGAGCGACACGCGGCUUCUCUGCUUGCAAUUCCCGCCUACCCAACCCGAGCGGAGUUCGCCAAGAAAUCAAUGGACCUGGAAACGAGCCAAACCACUUUGCAAACAAGCCGUCCUCACUGCGUCUCGUGAGGGCGGGGAGCCGACCUUGUUGGGGUGCCGUGGCUAAUUUUGGCCCGGGUUGGCGUUCAGCCACGAUUGGGGAGGAAUCUUGGCCUUUGACGGAGUGGGAGGGUGACACCGUUUAGAAGCAGUCCAAAUUCUUUAGCCUGGGGCAAGGUGGAGGGGGCCGACGGGACACGCCGCAAAACCAGGUUUUUAAAUUUUCACUCGGGGUACAGGAUGCCAACGGGCCUGUGAGGAGCAAUUGCACAGACUCCUUAACUCUUUUGGAAACUCUGCUGUAGCAUCUGUUUCUCGUGCCGCCUCUUUCGCGAAAGAGGGCCGCUCCCCUCUUUCCCACACCCCCUGUGUGGCAUCUGCAAAAGUGGGGCUGGGGAUUCCACGGCAAAGUAGUUUACGCCCCUUUUAACAGAAGAACGGAAGGGACCUCAGAGGUCUUUUAGUCCAACCCCCUGCUUAAGCAGGAAACUGGGAAUUGAAGCUGCAAGGCCCCACAGCCAUCCUGUGGGGAGGGGGGGAGUUGCUUAUUCAUCUUUAUAUUGCUUGCGUAAAGGUGAUUUAAGGUAGAUGUUCCAGAAUGUUCCGGAAGAAUGUUCAGAAAUAGAUCGGUGCGGUGGCCGAGAGGUGGAGCUCUCACCUCAGAAUGAGGAGUUGGAUAGGAGUUGGAUCCUAGGUAGAAGCAGAUAUUUCUCUGUUCUCACUGAGAAUAUUAUCUGCUGAAGAAAACUGCGCUCUGGUGACACGAAAGGCAUCCGGCCAGUAAAAAACUCAGCUUCAUUCAGUUGCCCAGACUCCCCUCCACAAGGGAUGAUGGGGUCAUUAGAAGAAGACGAGGGUGUUCAGAAAUCAUAUUCACGGAUCCAAAAUUGAAUGAAAACCAUAAAAACGUCCACAGGAUUGGGAGCGAUUUAUGUCGGAGUCCGUCACUUUGACGAGAGCAAGGAGGGGGGGGGAGAGAGAGCGGUCGAUCAGGGUCGUGCUCUGAGAAACGGUAGGAAGGGAUGCCGAGAGGCAAUAAGGGGAACGUGGUUAAUUGGAGGUGUAAAGUUGUAGCAUGGCAUAGAGCAAGUGGUCAAUUGGAUUUGGGAGACGAGUUUGUAAAACCUCAGUUAGGGGAGAGAGUGGUAAGGUGUUCACUUCACCUGCGCGAAGACCAGGAUCAAAUUUGUAGCCUAAGUCACAAGGCGUGUGUGUUGGCUAGCAGAGUCUUGAGAUUUUGGCCGUGCUGAGCCAAUGGGGCCCAUCUGCUUUUAUUACUUAAGAGUUUGGGUCAGUUUUUUGGGGGUGCCUUGUGGAAGGACCCCAAAAUCGAAGCCAACAUGAACGAAUUAUGGAGGUUAUGAUAGAGAGGCUCGCAGGUUUUGAGUAAGGUCCUUUGUUGAAGGUAAGAGAAGUGUAUAUCUCCGAGGUCUGAGUCCUUCCUGUUUUAGUAGCCACGACACAUUCCUGCGGCCAUUUUUACAAAGUGUUUGUAAUUGUGUGCGGUUUGCGAUCAGGGGGGGUCAGGAAAUAAGGACAGCCCUUUGCCAAGUUUCCUAAGAAUGAGAGAAAACAAUGGAAACUUUUUUUUUUUAACUUUCCGUCGAGUUUGAAGAAGGCUUAGAUAUUUCUUUCUAGGUGAAUUUUUGACGGCGUUGGAUUUUCAGAUGUUAACCAAUUAUAGUGUUUGAUAUGCGUGUGUAUUUAUAGACUCCGAGAAACUUCGUAGUUGGGAAGGGGGGGAAGGAAUGCCACAUUCCAUUUAGCAACAGUUAUUUUUGAAUGUAUUUUAUUGACCGUAGCAUUAUACGGUGUAUUUAAAAUUAGUAAAUUAAUGUUAUGAAACAAUGCUGGAUACUUUCCAUAGCUAUUAAUUUAGGAGCAGGAUAAAUCUAAUUUUAAUUUUUAUGUUAUCACAUAACUCUAUAAUGUGGUAGAUAUAUGUCAGGUUGUUUUUUAUUUUAUUUUUAUAAAAGAGACUAGAAUAGUUCAGGGUAAAAUAAGAUUGCUAACAUUUGUGGCCGAAGGAGUCACAAUUUCAGUUCUGUUUUGUUUUGACUUUUAAAUGUUCUCAUUCCAGACAAAAAAAUAAAUAAAUAUGACUUGAAGCAAGAAUGAAUUGUAGCGGAUUCAAAGCCUGCUGUUUUAAGCCAAAUUUUUUAAAAAAGCAGCUUUCUUAAUUUGUGCCUUAGCAGAAUUCAGUAUUUGGUGGUGCUAAUGGUGAAAUCUUUUUUUUUUUUUCCUAGCAUGAUUACAUCUGAAUAUUAAGCACUUUUCUUUGGACACAAUUCCUAUCUUUUAUGGUUCACAUAUAUAUUGCACUUGAUACAAUAAAUAUUUUUUUAAGCCUUAA